AUGAGCUCGUUUACUAGUCUCGUGAAGCAUCGCUCGCUGCGCCGCAACCCGUUAACGAACAGUGACAUCAGCACUUUCAUCUCAAGAGCGUCGUCCGAGCGAGCGACGGUGCUGGCGUCGCCAUCGCUCUCGUCCACGAGCGAGACGCUAAAGGACUGGAUGUACUGGCAACGCGACGCCAGUAACGCGCACUGCUGGACCAAAGUAUACGGCGUGCUGGACAGUGAGUUCUUGUGGCUAUUCAAAACCAACCACUCGAGCAAGACCAUGUUCCUGCAGAUCGCUGUCUCCAGUGUCGAAGUGUCGGGCCAGCGCCAACUGCGAGUCAUGGACCCAAACGGCGAGCACAUGGACAUCUGGCUCCUGGACGAAGACAGCUUCAGUGAGUGGCAUCACCGGCUCGAAGAAGCGGCUACACUCACGUCGCAGUUUUUCCUCACGACCGAGCUCGAGGCCCGACGACUUCCACGUCACAGCGCCUACCGCGGCAGUCUCGUGUCCUAUCGUCGGGCGAGCAAGCGAUCUCGGUGCAGAGCACUUCUCGCGUGUCUCAUGCGGUGGCGCCAGAAAUCCGUGCAGCCGUCGUGGUGA